AUGUAAUCCAAAAUAGAAGACAUACGAAUACAAAAAUAGUCGCUCGCAAGAGACUAACCCUAUGCGCACCUURGAAAGAACGAAGAGUUCGACUCAGCUUGGAAAUGAUUUCUUCCCCGCUCCACGAUAUCAAGCCUUCCAAUCAAAACACUGCAAACACAAUAGAACGAAUAUAGCAAGAUCAUGGUGACAAUCAUCGACGAAGAAGGAGAAGAAUCGUUGUCUCUAUCGGUAGCUUUCGCUGCGASUUGGAUCGCCCUCGCAAUGACCGCAGUAUUUUUUUUGCUUGUCGCGAUCCAAAUACUGCCUCGCUUCUCCUUCUUAUUURUAGCCAAGCGAGGCUGGUCCCACCGCCUGGCCGGGUGCUUCCAUUUAUGUUGGCUUUUGCUGGGUGCCUUCUCGUGCUUCGUGUCAAUUCGUAGCCACAAUAAUGAUAGCGACAGCAACAGCAACAAUCACCUAGCGAAAUCAACAUCRACGCUUGGGUCGUCCUCUUGGUCGGUACCAUGGGCCGAAUCCAAGGACUUCGUUUUUUGGUACGAUGUUCUGCUAGGGUGUUCGGGUGUGGUGCUGACCCUGACUGCGGCGAAUGAUUUUCCCCACAAACACGUCCGGAAUGUUCCCGGCCAAUCGGGGACGUUGCACCGAGAGGCGAUUGUGACGCAAUCGGAAAUGAUCGAGCACUCCUUUUACCAGUGUUUGAACCUCUUUCAGUCAGUAUAUCUACACACAUUGCAUCGGUUGUUGCYAGGCGAGAACACAACCAACUACCGCSACCGUAUAUUCCCACCGAUGCUGCUGGCGCGAAUCUUUUGUYUGUGGCUUGUGACCGCCCCGUGGCUAGUGCGUCACCGAUUCCCCGUYCAUAGUUUCAGCCAGAACUGGCUGAAGCAAAAUCAUUCGACCUCUAAAGUCGGCACGACUGAGGCAAAACCGCGAAACAAGAUAUGGAAUAGCAGAGGCAAUAGCAAUAAAAGUGGCGACGAUGGUGAACGAGGAGAAGUAGCUUUGUACCGCAUCAAGAAAACCCAAUAUCUAUUCUAUAAACACGUUGUGUUGCAUGGGCUGAACAUCUCGAUGGCCCUGGCAAGCAACAAUAACAGCACUACAAAYCAUUCUUACCAUCAUACCCAGAUCAAUGCUCAGAGCGACAUUCUUUGCAACAUUCCRUACGGUAUCGAAUGGCGAGURUUUUGGCUCCUUCUCAACACGUCCUACGUGAUGGAGUUUUUUUUGCAGACCAUGGUCAAGCGGGGCGCCUCGACACAGCCGCGCAUGCUUUUCCUCCAACGUUGGUUGAUGGCUGCUGCGAGUCUUUCCGCAGCAAACGUGUUGUGGCUCCCGAACGCUGAUUGGGCRGGUGCCCUACGGUUUGGAUCAAUYUGCCUUUUCUCCUUCGCCCUGAACCUUGCCCACCGACACCACGAUGUCACAAACACCUUGUGCAUUGCUUUGGGAUGCCUCCUUUGGGACGGCGUGCGCGCAUAAAUAUUGCGGUGUGGGUUGGAGUGGCAACGGGGAUCAAAAACCGUMGAAAUUUGGGUAUGGGAAUACGAAGUGCCGUCCGAGAUCCUUUCGAAUUUUAUCAACAAUACAAAGAUAGAUUUCUYAUCGACCGGUAUUCGUCUUUUUUCACCAUCUGGUUCUUUCUAAUAACCUUUAAGUCAUGUUUCCCUUUAUCUUUAUUAGAUUGUAUUGUAUUGUAUUGUAUUGUAUUUUCUAUUAUCUUUGAUGUUUCCUUUUGUAUUGGUUGGCGAAACCAUGGAGAUUUACGCAUAGAAUGCAAAAAUCCUUUUCUAUGUACGGCACCGUACGGUAUCACAGGAUUGAAAACGAAGACGAGGCUCUGUCUUCGAUCCAYGUCGAAUACAUGUGUGUGCUCUCUUAUUCCGGUCUGCAUUUAAGCGACAGAGGUGUACUGGCUCUUCUUAAUCUCGAUCCGGUUUCCCUCGGGGUCUUCAAAGUACAAGGAUUCGCCGAAUCCGCCCUUUCCGUACCGAACACCGAGCUCCAUGACAAUGGUCACUCCGUGCAACAAUAGAUGCUCCCGGAUGGCAUCCUCGUCGAAAUUGUUUAGCCCCAAGCACAAAUGGUCCAUUUUUUGCUGCGUCCGGUUCAUGGUUCCCCCGCAGUCCUUGUUCUUUGUAUCGCCUCCACCAAGCGGUCCCGCCUUGUCGACGAGAUCGAUCAGAGAACUUCCGGCAUCCAAGUGGACCAUUUGAAAUUUCUCAUUGCGUCUUGCGACCUUGCAUCCCAAGACUUUCUCAUACCAUUGUGUCAUUCCCUCCAAGUCGUCGACUUUUAGGACAACGUGAUCGAUACCGAAAAUAUCGAUAGGGUUUUGUCUGGUUGUUGCUGCUGCUGUUUUCUUUGGGACAGCUGAUAUAUCUUUUGUUCUCUCGAUGACAGCUCUAGCUUCGGCACGUUGAUCCGCUGCCUCAGAAGCAGCUUCGAUAAAGUCAUCGACUAUGU